AUGGCCAGCAACGGCCCAUCAGAGGCUCGGGCUGCAGGGGCCGUCAAAGCAUUGACUGGCUUCAUCAAUACCAAGGAUUUGCUUCAUCUGGCCCAUCGUUUCUCAGCGACAUACAGUGACCUCGCUAGGACGUCAACGGAGCAUUUCUUGGUCACGCCUGUAACGGCAUUGCCAACCGGGAAAGAAAAGGGCAAGUUCCUCAGCAUCGAUGUUGGUGGAACGAAUCUUAGAGUCGGCUUUAUCGAGCUGGUUGGGGAGCGCCCCGAGCGGAGAAGAGAGGAGCCUGAAAGAAGCAGUACGGUGGGAGAUGAUGUGUUUCAAUCGACGAGGCGAAGUCAUGAUAGAAAUUGGCCUAUUGGAGAUCACCUGAAGAUGGAUCAAGCAGAGGAUCUUUUUCGAUGGAUUGGCGAUUGUAUUGCCCAAGUCAUAAGAGAAGCCCUCGACGAAGAAACAGCCACACCAGGUGCAGUGUCUACUCUGGGUCACGAGCUUCAGCUUGGAAUAACAUUCAGCUUUCCGAUGGCACAAACUCGACUUUCAGAAGCCACCUUACUGCCAAUGGGGAAAGGUUUUGCUAUCACUUCAAACCUGAAUCUAGGAAAGAUGCUGCUUGAUGGGUAUACGCGACAUUGUGCUUCAUCAACCACAAGCAACGGGUCCUCUGCGAUUCAUGCGCCUUUGCCCCGGAUACGAGUGGCUGCCAUCACCAACGACACUGUGGCUACCUUUGCUUCGAUGGCAUAUGCAGUGAAGGCUACGCCAAAUAGCAGAGUCGCUAUGGGUCUCAUCGUUGGCACAGGUACCAAUGCAACAGUCCCGAUGAAGCUCAGUAAUCUCCAUCCUGCAAAGAGGAAAGACUUGUCAAACCCAGACGCUGUUGAGACUGUCGUCAUCAACACUGAAUGGACAAUACGAGGCACCGAUAAACCGUUGAACGAUCUGAAUAUCAAGACCAAAUGGGACGCGAUACUCGACGCGAACAGUGAUGCACCUGGGUUCCAGCCUUUUGAAUACAUGACAUCAGGGCGGUACCUGGGAGAGAUUGUACGACUUGUGCUGCUCGAUGUGAUUGAUCUCGAGGAAGGCGAGCAGAUCCCACCAUCGCUGCGACAGAAGAAUGCCCUCCCAACUAGAUUCUUGUCAGAAGUGGUGGCACGGAAGGGCGGACGCUUCGUACAGGCAGAACUCGAAGAGCGGUAUCAAGCAACAACCCCAGCAGAUGACCCGUUCUUCUGGACCGUCGAACGAGUGGAACUGAUACGUGAUAUCGCCGAAGCCGUGCAACAACGAUCUUCAGCACUCAUCGCAGCCGCAUGUGUCGGUUUACUUCAUUGCGUCGGCGACAUUGACAUUCAGGAUCCCGCGACAUGGGAGCCACGCAGCAAUGGCAAACAUACUAAUGAGAAGCAAGAGACGGAAGAGCUGGUGAUUGCAUACGCCGGCGGAACCAUCUCGCAGUAUCCAAAAUGGCUAAUGACAUGCCAGCAGUGGAUAGACACCCUGGUCGAAGCUGCAUCACCAGCAAACGCCUCCAAACGGGCAACUCUCAAGGAAGCUCGCGACGGAGGUAUUAUUGGCGCAGGUGUACUAGCAGGCAUGACGGACGAAAUAGCAUAG